UGGAACAAACUCAAUAUAAUGAUAGUCCUUUGUGAAUGACACGUAUGAAAGUUUUGAAAAAGCCAAUUCAUAGCCAUUAGUCGGACUUACUUUUUCCGUAAGGGAUAAGUAGCCUAUAAUUAGGGCUAACUUGAGAAGUCUAGGAGAAAUCAACUGGUGCGUCCAUUAAAGGGACAGCAUCGCGAGGAGAAAAAAAAAAUAAACAGACGGAUCAUUGUGGCUUUCCUAAACAUUUACGUUACUGAAGAAGAAUCGGAUGGCACAUAGUCUUUACUGUCUACUCAAGAAGAGGAGGAAAGGAUGGGGAAAGGAAUUUGUUCGAGACGACAGAGAAGAAUAUUUCAGUCUUUCCUACUUCUCCUCUUCGUUUGCGGGACGUUGUGCGCCUUCAUGAUCUCAUAUGAGAUGCAUAAAGAGCUGAAAAAGACUGAGGCGACGGCUUUGAAGUACCAGCAGCAUCAAGAGUCACUUUCUGCGCAGCUGCAAGUGGUGUAUGAGCAUCAUUCUAAACUAGAGAAAUCCCUCCAGAAAGAAAGACUUGAGCAUAAGAAGGCUGAAGAGGAUUUGCUAGUGUUUAAGCGGGAGUCACAGAAGGCCCUCAACAAAGAAAAGCAAGAAUCAACCUAUCGACUGAAUGCUCUGCAGACAGAGCAUCAAAUACUGAAGUCCCAGCAUGAAGACUUGAAGAUGCAAUACUAUGAACUUCAAGAGAAGCACCAGAAUCAAGGGCAGCAUCAUGAACGUGUUCUGGAUGAGCACAGGUUGGAAAUAGACAACCUCCAGAGGGAGAAGGAGGUUGAAAUGUCCAGACUGAAAGAGAAUGUGUACAACCUUCAAGAGGAGAACAGACAGCUGCGGAAAGCUCAUCAGGACAUCUACACACAGUUACUUGAUGUGCAGGAACAGCACAAGAACCUGCAAGCUUCAAAAGAUCAUCUCUCACUCACAUUACAAGACCAUAAAAAUGCACUUGUUGCCGUCCAGCUGAAAUGCACAGAGAGAUGUGAAAUUGAGGUGGAAGAGCUGAGGCGAUUAAAGAAGAAUCGCAAUAAAGCAUCCAGUGCAGGCCGAGAGGCUAAAAUUGAUAAAUUUGCAACUGAACGCACCCGCAGCUAUAUACUGGAGACAGUAGAGCGCCUAAAUGAGGAGCUGCAUAAUAAGCCCAUUCAGGUGGAAGGAUAUGAGGAAAAUGGAAAAGGGUUAUCCCCUCAAGGUGUGUUGGAGAUUGAAAAUAACAAUGCGACCAAAGUGGCAAUGAAGCAGCCUCGGCAAAUUGAUAUUUUUGCUGAGGGAAAUGGCAAGAAAGAGGAGAGAAGCACAUCAAAGGAUAGAGGAGGAGAGGAUAAGGGGAAAAAGGCAGUGCUGGAACAUUCCUUAUCAAACCCAGAAGAGCUGGGCAUUAACCCUCGCAACACGCUAAGCCAAAGCCCGGAGAAACAGACACAGACAGAGCCACUUCACAGAACCAAAGUACACUUUGAGGCUUUGGAUACAGUUAUUGCUGAGAAUGCUGUGCAAUCACACCAUGGUAUGGCUGGACGAGAAGAUGUAAAGGAGAUGCAAAAGCACGAAAAGGGCAUAGGAGAAAAAAAACUGAACUCUGUGAAUGAGGCCAACAACCAGAACGAAGAUGAAUUUGAAGAUGUAGAAGAAGAAACCAAGAACAAGAGCAAUGCGAAUAAGAUCAGGCCUGAAGAGGAUGAGCAGCUUGUGGUGGCAGGCAAUCCCGAGCAGCAAGAGGACCAGCCGGAUGAGCAAUAUGAGGAUGAGACUCUUGAUGACUCAGUGCAUGACAGACAGAAGAGAGCAGAAGAGGAAGAGAGUGAAGAAGAUCCCUACAGUGAGCGUAAUGGAGCACAGGGCCAUGAUAAACUGAAUGAAAACCCAGAAGCUGGAAACAAUGGCAAUCAGAUGGAGAGCGUCCAAGAAAAACUGAUAAAAAGAGGAUGAAGAAGAUCUUAGGGAAAGAAAUCAAAAGCCUGAGAUGUGAAGGGGACUGAUUCUAGUGUCUGAUGAGUGGCUUUACACGUCUCUUCUUGCAGAAUUUAAAGUGCAACAACUGUGAUCCCUUGUUUUUUUUAAGUGACUACUUAUGCAAGUGCCUUGUUCUUCCAAGUACAAGGAUUUGUUUAGCAUUCAUAUUUAAUCAAAGCAUUGUAUCUUUUUGAUCUUACUAAGGCGAUAUGAAAUGGCACCCUGCUGAAUAAAAGUAAACUUUUGAUUUCUUAUGUCAGAGAGUAGUUGAAUGAUUUCUUAUAGGAAAAUAUUAUUUAUUUUUUAAUAUUCCCUCAGUUCUGUACUUGAGAUUUUUCAGGUGAAAAAAAAUAUGUAUUCAGAUAAAUCUUCAGUCUCUCACUUAUUAAAAGUAGUAAUGUAAUAAAAGGGAUAGAAGUUAAAUUGUAAAUGAUUUUCUUUUCUUUUUUUUCAUUUGAUAACAGAAUACAUUAAAAGAGCUCUUGCACAGCUUUAAUAUAUAAUAUUUUUUAUUUUACAGGGAAAGUCCAGAUGUGCUUUAAGUUUUCAGAUAUACCAGACCUGCUUCUGUGGACGUCAAAUGUAACGUUACUUAUAAAAUAUAUAUUUUUUAAUUUUUUAAUUACACUAUAUUUUGACAUAUUUACAUGAAGGCAAAUGAGGGAUUUUUUUUUAGCUUUGUUAAAAUUAUGAUUAAUGUGUGUUCUUUAGUUCAUGUUCACCCCCUUAAUUUUUUUCUUCUCUUAACUGCUCAUAC